AUGAGCAAUGCUGUUCCUUCUUUGGGUUCAAUUGCUCAAAUCAACAUGGAAAAAGCAUUCCGGGCAUGUUUUGACAAACUCACAGGAGAAACAAAUGAUAGUGGAAGUCUCCUGAAACUUCGACUUGUCAACAAACUCUUCAAUACCGAGAGCCUUCGUAAGCUUCGAAUCCUCCAUAAGGAGAUAAUCGUUGAAGUCAACCACCACGCGUUCGCGGAUGAUGAUAUGAAUCUGAGAUAUAACAUGUCAAAUCAUAUUUUGGUGAAUGACGCAGAUCUGAUUAUAUCUGAGGAUGAGGAGAAAGACGAAUUCAGGAAAUACUUGAAUUUCCUGAAUGAGACCGUGCAGGUCAAAGUUUACAAGUUAAUGCUGAAGAAUGUGUAUAAAUUGGGAGCGACACUUAAACAAGUGGCUCAUGAUGCUAUAGUCAAUGUUUUGGUCGGACCCAAUAAUCGUGGGCAUCUUGUGGAGGUUACUGGGAUGGAGGAUGUCUGUAUGUCGGGAUGCGAGGACUGCACGUCACUCAUCAAAAAAUGCAACGUUUGCGGACCAAUUCAAUGGCAUGCCUUGGCAAGACUCAAGCAAAAUGAGAAGUUCGACACUAUCAUUAUCUCAGACAACCUACUCACUCUCAUUGCUGAAGAUGCCCUUAUGCGAACGCCACAAAAUGAAGACAUGCUACCACACAUUGACAAAAUCAUUCCACCACUACAGUGCACUAAUUUGGUUUUUGUAGUUACAGAUGACUCGCCUGAUCUUAAUGUCAGGAAUCAAUUCGGCAACGCUGUAACUACGAUUGCUCAUGGAAUCUCUCUGGUCAUUUUGAAUGAGGUCUUGAAGAAAUGGAAACCGAAUAAAAUAACACUCGAAGCCCACGUAUCAAGACCAACCAGAUGGUUUCCGUCUUACAAGUACCAAGAAAGAUUUAAACAUACUCUCUUUACGAGUUCCUCUGAUAGUAUCCAGGAGAACCAGCAUCAGAUGUUCGAACAUUUAACAGUAGAUCUCACAUUUGCUGGGAAGUUCAUUGAAGAUUUUGACCGCCAUAAUCAUGGAAGAAAUUUGAUUCCCAACGUCCUGAAGAUGUUUCCUACCAAGGAGAUGGCUAUUAUUUUUCCAAGAGGAUUUGGAUAUCUGCAGAACAUGACUUCACCUAACUUCUACCUCUGCAAAGCAAUUUUAUCGCACAAACCAACCGAUAUGAAAGUAUGGGUACAAAUGUACCCGGAUUGUCCAGAACCGAAAAAACAGGUGAUGUUUUCCGCUGCGAUUAAGAUUGAUGAUGAGAGGUUUGGCGAAGUACAACAACCUGAAAACAAUCCAGCUCCGGUUUUUGUUCGAAAGUGUUUCGGAUUGAACAAGAAAAAUCGAAAGAUAUUCAAAUUGAUCCCAUGUCGCAGCAGCACUUACGUCAUCGAAGAUAAAACGUGCAACAAUACAAUUAUGGUUCAGCUGACCGUGGUGGAGCACUUCUUCAAUUUAUUCGUUCAUGCAAUUCCACGAGGAACGCGCCCAUUCACAAUCGACAUCAUUCAAAGCUUCAUCACUCCUGAUCACUCAGAAAAUUGUGACUUUUGCAACCAAUUCAUGGCUAUCUACAAAAUGCACUUGGAAACUCGUUACCUUCCCCAACGUCAAUAA